AUGUGCCGUGGCAACCCACCGGGCCGGCCGGCCGCGAAGGCGCCGACCGGCACCGCAAACCGGCUCGAGCAGCGGAAAAACAAAAAUCGCACGGCUCACGCACUGCGCGUCCAGUGCCAGGUGGCGCAUUUCUGCAUCUAUCAGGCGGCGGAGCGAGCGCGGCAAGCGAGCCUGCGCGUGGCGGAGCUGCUUCGUACGCUGCACCCUGCCGCCUGGCUGGUGGUGGGGACCGCGCUCGUGCAGCACCGCCGCAGCCGCGCGGCGAAGCGGGGCGACCUGCGCGAGAUCCGUAGCCAGGUGUUUACGGACGACUUCCACAUCGCCAUCGUGACGACGGCGGCGCUUCCCUGGAUGACGGGCACCGCCAUCAACCCGCUCCUCCGCGCCGCCUACCUCUCCAAGGCUGGCCGGAGCGUGACGCUGGCCGUGCCCUGGCUGCACCCGCGAGAGCAAGCUCUCGUCUUCCCCGGGAGGCUGCGCUUCGCCGACCCGCAGGCUCAAGAGCGGCACAUACGACUCUGGCUCGCGGAGCGGGGAGGCGUGCGCGCGGACUUUCGGCUGCGCUUUUACCCGGCGAGCAGCCCGCCCACACAGACGAGGCCGAGGACUAGCCGAGCGGCGCUGUUCCUCGAGUCGUUCUCUCCCGCUCCCUUCACCGUGGCCACCUCCCUUAUCCUCCCGCUCGGCGACGCGUCGGGCCGCCUCAACGCGCUGCCGGCGCGCGACGUGACGGGCUGCUUCGAGGCGGGAGAGUGCGACGUCUGUGUCCUCGAGGAGCCCGAGCACCUCAACUGGUACCACUCGGGCGCCAACUGGCGGCACCGCUUCAAGCUGGUGAUUGGAGUGGUGCACACAAACUACCUCUACUACGCGAGGAUGUACGCCGGCGCAGCCACCGCCGCCGUGCUCAAGCGGCUCAACGAGUGGAUGUGCGGAGCGUACUGCGACCGGGUCAUCAAGCUGUCUGGCACGAUCCAGCCCCUUCCGCGCGCGGUGGUUUGCAACGUGCAUGGCGUGCGGUCCGAGUUCCUCGAGAUUGGACGCCGCGCUGCGAGGUCGCACUUCCCGCCGCGCCGCGCCGGCGCCUACUUCCUGGGAAAGGUGCUGUGGGCAAAGGGGCACCGGCUGCUGAUCGACUACCUCGCGCUGCAGCAGUCUCUCGGCCAGCCGCCGACGCACGUCGACGUGUACGGGGGCGGCGAGGACUUGGCCGAGGUGGAGGUGGAGGCGGCGGCGCGGGAGCUGAGGCUCUCCUUCUUCCCGCCCACCGACCACUCUGGCGCCACGCUGCGGCGGUACAAGGUCUUUAUCAACCCGUCCCAGUCGGAGGUGCUCUCGACCACCACGGCGGAGGCGCUGGCGAUGGGCAAGUUCGUGGUCGUGCAGCGCCACCCGUCCAACGAUUUCUUUAUGCAGUUCCGGAACACGCUCCCCUACGACACGCCCGAGGAGUUUCUGCUGCAGGCGGCCACGAACCUUCUAGGAGCCUUCUUGGAACCUUCUUGGAACCUUCUAGGAGAGCCCGAGCCGCUCAGCGCAGAGGAGCGGCGCGCCCUCUCGUGGGAAGGCGCGACCGACCGCUUCCUCGAGGCUGUGAGCAAUUGCACGCUGUCCGACGUGCUCCCCACCCUCGGCGACCACGCGACCCGCUGGGUGCACGCCACAGUCCAAAAGGGCGGUCCGGUCGGCGACCGGCUGCGGCGCGCGUCGGGCGCGGGGCCGGUCUGGAAGCAGAGCUGGCUCGCGCAGGAGAAGUGGCGCGCCGCGCCGCCUACAGAGAUCGUCGAAGCGAGCAUCCUCGCCACCCCGCCGGGCAUGGCGCCGGUCCGCGCCUCCGCUGCGCCGCCCCGCAGAUGAAGGCCCACUCGAAGCGCGAGGCGGUGCCGCGGCGGGGCGGUGCCGUGGCGGUGCCGUGCCCACAAUUCUUGCUACACGACCGCCGCGUUUGUGAGCCCCAGUCUACUGUACAUUUAGAGAUUGGCGAGGAGGAGUCGUGCUGCUCAUGUGGCUCUGUGCCAAGACGCAAGAGUCUGUGGGUGAUGAUAUGUGGAGUAUCGGUCGAAACGGGGCGGCAUUACCAAAUCAUC